AUCUACCGCUGAUCUCAAACCUUUCCACCUUCCCCGCUGCUCUCAAACUAAAACACUUAUCAAACACGACUCUGACACUCGCCUUCACUCGGUUUGAACUCGACGCCGAGCGGAGCGCGCGGACUUUUACGCACUUGUACAACUUGGAUUCCACCCGGAGCUCUUCGCCAUGAACGCCCGGGUUUAGGUCCCUCCAUGGAGCUGUCAAACCUGUACGAGGUGGCGCCGCGGCCCCUGAUGAGCAGCUUGACGCACGGCCUCCACCACAGCCAGCAACAGAACCCGCAGCACCCCCAGCACCAGCAGCCCAACCCCGGUGACUUCGGCGGGGACAUCGGUGACCACGAGACGUCCAUUGACCUGAGCGCGUACAUAGACCCCUCCGCGUUCAACGACGACUUUUUGGCCGAUUUGUUCCACCACAACUCGCGGCAGGACAAGUUAAAGGCGAUGAACGCGGAGUACGAGCAAGUGCAAUGCGGUCCGACCCAGCAGCAGCUAUACAUGUCUGGAUACAUGGACUCCAAGUUAGAGCCGCUGUACGAGCCGCGAAUCAGACCCGUGGCCAUUAAGCAAGAGCCACGCGACGAGGACGAUCUGACCCACGCGAUGCCCCCGACGUACCACCACGCGCAGCAGUACGCCGGGCACGCGCAGCAGGCACAACAGCAGCAGCAAAUGCCUCACCUCCAGUACCAGAUCGCUCACUGCGCGCAAACCACAAUGCACCUCCAGCCCGGGCACCCCACGCCUCCGCCUACCCCGGUCCCGAGCCCGCACCACAGCCACCACGGCCACCACCACCACCCGGGCAAGAUGCUGGACCGCAAAUCCAAAAAGCACGUGGAUAAGAGCAGUCCCGAGUACAGGCUGCGGCGCGAGAGGAACAACGUGGCCGUGCGUAAAAGCAGGGACAAGGCGAAGAUGCGUAAUUUGGAGACGCAGCAGAAAGUGGUGGAGCUCUCCGCGGACAACGAGAGGCUCCGGCGCAGAGUGGAGCAUCUGACCCGGGAGCUGGACACUCUCCGGGGCAUCUUCAGACAACUGCCCGACGGAUCGUACAAACCUAUGGGCAGCUGAGAGCGCACGGUGCCCCCGGGGGAGAGCGACGGUAAAAUUUUGAGCUGGAGUUUUUCUUGUAACGCGAAGACAGGGGCAUUUUUUUUUUUUUUUGGACUCUGGUACUCCGCUGUGGUUGAACUGUCCCGAGAUAGGCAAUCCUUAAACCAGGUCUUGACUUGGACCCGUGCCAGAGUAAGCAUUGGAACAGCACUAAAACUUAACAAAAAACUAUAUAGCCUAACGAUUUUUGGUUUUGCAAUCUGACUACAAAGUUUUAUUAGCUACAAUUUGAAUUAAAACAUGAAAAAAUCUUGGAGUGUAUUCGAUUUUAGCACACAAAAGCUGCACAAAUUCGAUGCAAAUUUAAAUUUAAUUUAAUUUCGACAUAAACCAGGGACUGCAGGUGGAAAUCAGCUCUUUUGCUAGAACCUGCCGCAAACAUUUUUCCUCUUUUGUGCAGGUCAGUGUUUGUGCGUUGUCCCUCGUAACUAAACAAAACAAUAAAAUAGUGAUAAUAAAACAAAACCAAGACUUAACCAUGAACCAAAUAAGACUAUAUAGCACUAUCGGGACAAACUAUGGCACUGAGAGAAAGCCCAAGGACUGCAGCGACUGGUGACAAUAUAAGAAUGAGGACACAGUGUUGAAAACUGCCUGUUACUGACACCAGAGUUGCAUAUUUCACAUUUUAACCAACUUCGCUGUCAAGAUGCGAGAGACUGGAGCACUGCCAAAAAACUUCGCAGCUCAGCCUUUUGGUUUUUGUUUUUUUUUCUACAAACUGUGCAGGACCAAUCGACGAAUACACAAUCUUCAGGCAAAACGCAACAUCUCAAACUCAAGCAGAGACUGAACUGGAAGCAGAGACUUUGCUCGAACAUUCAAACGGGACACGUCAUGUAUUAUAAACUUCUAUUACGGACAGAUUUUCGUGUGCCUUUUUGAGUAUUUUGUGCGAAAACCCAUAAGCUGGUCGUCCUUGCACCACGACUAUACAGAAGUGCCUGAAAACUCUUUACGAUAAAAACAAUAAAAAUAAAAACAAACUUAAAACAUGUAACGUCCAUCUGUAAGUGCAGCUAUGGUAGGUCGGGCAUGGCAUGUUUCGUCGACAAUCGCGUCGGUUUUUUUAACGAUUUCUGACUUUCCGAAACGUUGGUGCGCACUCUUCUCGCAACCCUAACCGUGAUAAUCUGCAAAAACGUGAACAUUUGAAGUUAAUUUUCAGACUAUAAACACAUCUCCGAUUACAGCGUUUUCAUUUUAACAGCCAGACGCUCUAUUGUUUGUAAAAAAAAUAAUAAAAAUACAUGGUGAAUGCACAUGCAGCUUCCCCCAUGCAAUAACUGGAUUACAUUUGUGUCAAUUUAAGUUGUACAGAGACCAAUUCUGUCAAACCCCGCCAAAAUAAAAGCGGGAUGUUUUUGUGUACUUCCUGAAAGCGUUCCACGAAUGAAAACGUGGUCGAUGGUUUUUAAUGUAUGUGUGUAAAAUAGAUAUUAUAUCAAAAAUAUUGUAAUGUUAUUGUUAAUAUUAUCUCAUGCUUUUAUUACAAUGCCAAAGUGAACCAAAUAAUAAUAAUAAUACAAUGACUGGAACAGA